AUGACGGCGGCCGCGGGCGCCCGUCGUGACCUUCAUCCCCAGGUGAAGUGGGGACAGGACUCUCAGCGACUGUUUGUCACAUUCGAGUUCAUCAACGCCCAUGGUGGAGGGUCAACCGGCGCGGGAAGCAGCGCCGAUGCCCCAUCCUGCAAUCGGGAGAGCGGCGGCAGCGCGUGCGCAGACCGUGCAGAAUCCUUCGUAUCCGGAGACACUGUUCUCUCUUUUCGGGCUCCGCCUUACGCCCUCGAUUUGCCUUUGUUCGACAGCGUCGACCCUGCCACGCUGCGCUCUCAGCCUCAACCGCCGAAUCGUCUUCUCGUGACACUCGAGAAGAAAACACCGCGCACGUGGCCUCAGCUAGUGAAAAGAGACGCUGUCGAGCGCCUGAAGCCGUUCAUCAGAGUCGACUGGACUCGCUGGAGUGACGAUGCCUCUGACGACACUUCGGAGGGAGAGCAUGCCGACCACGCGUGUUCUUCCACUGCUGCGACUGAGAUGAGAAAUUACGUCGGCGGCUCGCAAACUGUGGCGAUUGAGUGCGAGAGUGGGGACGUGGGCGUCCCGUUUUCCCCAGGCGACGCUCUGUCGCUCGACGGAGUGGCACCUGUCCUUUCCGUUGCCACGCUCUCAGAGGCGUGCCGCUUCUUCCGUAACUCGCCGGCGGAAUCCGAGAGUCGCGCAGACUCGAGCAACUCGCGUACAAGCGGCAGCCCGACGAGGAUGACGCCCGCCCAACGCAUGUUAACUCUCGCGCAGCUCUGGAAUGCGUCGUCAACAGCGGAGAGAGCGCAGUUCCUCUCUCGGCUCGUCGAAACCGCGAGUGGAAAUGCGCCUGCAGAAAUGGGACAAACAGCUGGUCCGACCGCCGCGGCGCACACCACCCUGGCUUCCAAGUUGUCCGCAGCUAUCAAGGGAGGCCCGGAGGUAUUGCGGGAUCUCUCUCCAGCCCCAUACACGUCUCGCGGUGUGACUUUUUGCGAGCGGUGGGUUGACGAUCUACAGAAAAUGAAUUCUAGCGAUAAGGCAGACUGCCUGCAAGCACUCGUCGGCGGCCUGCCCGAGGACGAAGUCUCACUUAUUCUUUCCACAUUUGUAUGA